AUGGAUCAGUCCAUUGACUGGGUGCUGAAUGCACUGCUUCCGACGCCCGCCCACGUCGGCGAGAUGGUCCUUUCUGGUCUUGGCACUGUCAUCACGCAGCCCAUGCUGGUCACCAAGACGCUCGUCAUGCAUCGCUACGAGCCCGUUGCCCCCGUCGCAGCGAGCGAUCUGCUUGGCCGCCCCGUUCUCAAGCUGCCCAACGGCUUCACCUAUGCGCGAUGGAUUUGGAAGACACACGGCGUGAAAACCUUGUUCACCGGUCUCGGAGCGACGUUUACGUCCAACUUGGCGGGAGAAGUCGCCGGACGCAUGCUUGGUAAAGUGCUCGCGCCGUUCUUGGAGGUCAAGCCAUUCCGCUCGACCGUGUCGCCUCUGGUGGCGGAUGACUACCUGAAGCGUGUUCGCGCUGGCGAGCUCGAGCCCGUCUUCUCACCGCUGCCCACCACCUUCGGCGAGCAUCUCGUUCGCUUUGGCAAGGCUUGGACGAUGCGCAUGGCUACCAUGAUGCUGCGUGUGGCGAUCAGCUAUCCGGCUGCCGUCGUGCGCGCCCGUAUGAUUGCCCAGAUUGCUGGCGGCGAGACCAUCUACACUGGCACCGUGCAGUCGCUCGUGCACAUUGCUCGCCGCGAGGGAUUCUGUGGCCUGUUUGCUGGCUUGCAGCCAUCGCUGCUGUCGAACGCGUAUCUGGUCACGGCGGGUCUGAUUGUUCCGUACGUCUUGGAGUGCAUCGCCGAACGUCGUGACAUUGCCGCACGUCAGCAGCGUCGUGACCAAGCGCGUCAUCAUCACGGCGGCGACGGCGACGAGGACGAAGAGGUCGAAUUGAACGAGCACGAUGGUGACCUGGACGAAGACGACGACCACCUUUCUCAGGAAGAGCUCCAGGAAUUGCACUUCCAGUUCCUGGCCGGCGAGCAAACCCGUCGUUUGUACUUUGUGGCCAUCGAGUACCUCACACAGCCACUCGGCUUUGCGCUCAGCCUUGUUUCCAGCACAAUGAAGCUUGCAGGCAGCGAGCUCGCCCUCGCGCCCAAGCCUCGUCCUGCCACAUGGCAAGAGUGCUGGCGCAGCUUGAGCGCCGAAGGCUGGACUGCUGCUGGUCUUUUGCGCGGCAACAACUUGGUAUGGCGCACCAUUCCUGUGGCUCCAAGCACAGCCACCUUCUGA